AUGGGACUCCUCGCCGGAGUCGGUGGAGGUGGUGGAGGAAGACGUGCUCUUGGACACUGCCGGCGUCGGCGGCUGCGGGAGGCGCUCGGCGACCUCGUCGAGGACAGGGAUGGGCACGUCGUCUGGCCGAUUCGAAGUUGGUGGUGUCGUGGCCCUGCGCAGCUGGAUGCCGAGUCGUACACCUUGGCAGCCUCAUCGGCAAUGUCGAAGGUGCGGAACCACACCCGCACCCGCCGCAUACUUGCCCCAUGGGCCGGCCCAUGGCUGCCGAAGCACGCUGUGGAACCGGGGCUCGCCGCCGUUGGACUGCCUCUCCCGUCCAAGGUGCACCAGCCUCGGCCUCUCCCUGGCCGCCUCCGAGCAUUUUUAAAGAGGGCCCGUGGAUUCACCACCAUGGCAGAGGAAGGAGAGGCUGGGAGACAGGAUCAGGAGUAUGGAUGGGGAGGCUGA